CUCCAGAGUUCAGAAAUUCUUCAACUUCAUCAUCAUCAUCAGACCCCUUACCUUCCUUUUCUUCUCUCCCACCCUUGUUCCCUCCUCUUAUUAAACUCCAAAUUCCAAAGAAGAUCCCUGCUCUUCUCUCAAUCUAAAUCUCUUUCUUCUCUGCUCUGUUCUGCUCUGUUCACAGAACAAAGUCAACAAACAAUAAUGGGUACCUUGAUUGGCCAUGUAGCUCCAGGCUUUGGGUUCCUUCUAAUUGGGCUAUGGCACCUCUUCAACCACACCAAGCUCUAUAUCCUCAAUCCAACAUCAUACACUGCUUCUCAAUGGUUUCCAUCCUCAAAAUUAAGGUACUUAGAGCUUUACUUGAUCUUGGCGGGCAGCUGGGCUUCCAUAGCUAUGGAGCUGGUCAUCGGCCCUGAGAAACACCAACCGUUCGACGAUGACGGAACCAUACCAUCAAACCAUCUCCACAACUUCGAGCAUGCGACUAUCUCCUUAUCCUUUUUUAUCUACGCAACGUUUGCAAUCAUCCUCGAUCGAUUCAAGCCAAAAGCCCAUUACGAGCUUCUGCAAUUGAUUGGGGCUUUUGCCUUCGCCCAACAGUUCCUUCUCUUCCACCUUCACUCAGCAGACCACAUGGGUAUGGAGGGUCAGUACCAUUUGCUUCUGCAAGUCGUCAUUUUGGUCUCUCUGGUCACAACCCUCAUGGGUAUUACCUAUCCCAAGAGCUUCUUGGUGAGUUUCAUCAGGUCUCUCAGUAUUUGUUUCCAAGGUGCUUGGUUUGUGCUCAUGGGGUUCGUGCUCUGGACUCCUGGGUUGAUCCCAAAAGGGUGUUUCUUGAAUUUGGAAGAAGGCCACUUGGUAGUGAGAUGCAAGACUGAAGAUUACCUCUACAGAGCUAAAUCACUAGUGAAUCUUCAGUUCAGUUGGUUCUUGGCCAUGUUUGUAGUGUUUGCCAUGGUUUUCUACCUGGUUAUGCUUAGAAUGUGUGCAGAGAAGAUGGAGUAUUGGUCUCUGGGGAUGGUUGAUGAAGAUGGUUCAGAAGACUUGGAAUCCCAGAAAAGGAGCCACAGCAACAUAGAGGAGUCCAAGAGUUUUGUCUCUAUGGGAAAGGGCUUUACUGCUGCAGAAAUAGAGAGGUAGAAGAAGGGGAAGAAGCCAGGUGUGUAGCCACUUGGAGAAGGGGGUGAUUUGGUUAGGUAUGUGUCAAUUUGAUUGGGUGAAGUUGCAUUCAUUUCAUGUCUCUUAAAUUAAUAGGGAAACAUGAUAAGUGAUGGGUUUUUAGCAAAAAAAAAAAUUAGUGAAAGAUGCACAAAAUUAGUGGGAGAAGGUCUGAAAUUAUUUCCUCUCAAGUUUUAUUUAUUUUUUCUUAUUUCUUGUGCUUGGAUGUACUCAUGUACAUAUAGAAAUAGGGGAUAUACAUUUAUUAUGGCCACCAACUUGUAAAGUUUCUUUAGUUGAUUUGUGUUAAAUAAAUGGGAUAAUCCAUCAAAUAGCAUUGGGGAAUUCAAUCUAAA